AAUGUCUGACAGCGGAGACACGGAGCACACCAGCUGGGGGGACGAUGAGGACAUCCAGGAGGUACAGAUCACCGGGGGGGAGGAGGAGGAGGACCUAGACUGGGUGUCAGGCGGCACAGUGGCAGUCCUCAGCAGGAGCAUGGACGAGGGAGAGGGCAGGAGCCCCCCCGCUGUGACAGACUCUCACCUGGCCGCUCACUUCCCGCGCUCAGAGCGGAACAAGCUAAGUGAGAACACCCGCCUGGCGACACGGUACGCGGUCCGGAUCUUCCGGGAGUACCUGAGCGAGAAGGCUCAGAGUCCGGACUUUGAAAGUCUGUCAAAGGAGGACCUUUGCGCGCUGCUGCGCUCCUUCUACGCGGAAGCACGCUCCAAAAGUGGCCAGCUGUACAGCAAGUCCUCCCUCAUCAGCAUCCGCAGCUCUCUAAACCGAUACCUCAACGACCCGCCCUACUGCCGAACCCUGGACCUCACCAAGGACCCGGAGCUGCGGAGCGCCAACUUGACCCUGGCGGCUGUCAUCCGGCGUCUGGAGGAGCAGGGGGCGGGGCCGGUGGUCCAGAAGCAAGCGAUCACUCGCUCGGACCUGCGCAGACUGUACGAGUCGUCCAUGUUCGACGUGGACACGCCGUUUGGACUCCUGAACAAGGUCUGGUUCGAGACCUGCAUGUACUUCUGCACCAGGGGCCGAGAGAACCAGAGAGAGCUGCAGGAGGACUCCUUCGGUCUGGCCGUGGACGAGCACGGCCGGAAGUUCGUCUACUUCAAAGCCCUGGGACCCUACCACAAGACCCGACACCCCAGGAGGAAGCCCGAGGCGGAUAGCGUCACCCUGCCGCGAAUGUACGAGACUUGCACGGAUCUCUGCCCGUACGCCAGCUUCGUCCGGUACCUGUCCAAACGGAACCCCCUGUGCCGGGCCUUCUUCCAGAGGCCCCGGGACCACUGCUGCACCUCGGAGGUCACGUGGUUCGAGAACAAGGCCAUCGGCAAGAACCUGCUGGGCACGCGUAUGCAGAUGCUGUCUCGCGCGGCCAAGCUGUCCAAAACCUACACCAAUCACUGCAUAGGAGCCGUGGCCAUAGCAACGCUCGACGGCGUCUUGGGCGCUGCUACCACAGCUAGCUGCGUUGCCACAGAGACGCGACAGGGUCACGUGGAGCCCGAAAGACUACUUCCCUCUCCUCACCCGAAAAGACGCGCACUAUCUCCUGUGAAGGGGAGGCAGAGACAUGCGCAGCACACUGUCCUCUCCACAGUCAAACAGGACGGCGAAGGUGACAGCAGUGAGACGCUGGCAUCCUCUGUGCAUCGGCUGUGCUCGACCGGCAUCCCAACCGCCGCCCAGCUCACCAAAACCAACGCACCCGUCCACAUCGAUGUCGGAGGUCACAUGUACACCAGCAGCCUGGCCACCCUCACCAGGUACCCCGAGUCAAGGAUCGGACGCCUGUUUGACGGAAGCGAGCCCAUCGUGUUGGACAGUCUGAAGCAGCACUACUUCAUCGAUCGGGACGGCGCCAUGUUCCGGUACAUCCUCAACUUCCUACGCACCUCCAAGCUUCUCCUGCCGGAUGACUUCAAAGAGUACGCUCUGCUCUACGAGGAGGCCUCCUUCUUCCAGCUGGUUUCCUUGCAGGCAGAACUUCAGCGCUGGCGGGCAGAGCGGGAGCACGAGAGCGCAUCACAGCCAUGGGAGUGUGUUAUGGUUCAGGUAGCCCAAGACCUGGCCGAGAGGAUCAGUGUAAGCGGCCGCUGUUCCGCCAUCGAGGAGGUCUUCCCAGAGGUCACAAAGGCCCGGUGCGAGUCCCAAAACGGCAGACGGGAGUCCGACUCCACACACGUUAUCCGCUUUCCGCUCAGUGACUACUGCCACAUCAACUCUGUCCAGGUGUUGGAGCGACUACAGCAAAAAGGAUUCUGCAUCACGUGCGGUUCGUGUGGCGGCGGCGUGGACUCCCCCUCUCACUUCAGCGAGUACGUGCUCCAAAGGGCGGGGCUAGGUGGCCGGCGCCCCCUCGUGCGAGUCAAACACGAAGAGCUGGACACAACUCCACCUGACAGGAAGUGAGGACAGCUGUGGGUGGAUGCGACGCUUACUUGGCUAAAUGUAGGUGGGGGCUCUUUCUUGGUUUCCAUGGCAACUGGUUGCACAAGGCUGCAGGUCUGAACCACAGCUGGUUUGGGAGCCACGCCAAUCACCUGAAGGUACAGUACGGUCCAAGUCAGACUGGUGCCCUUCACAACCAGAGGGUGGUACCUUCACCUUCACCACCGCAGUCUUCUGAACCGGUGCUGCUGGCUGGAAAGCAGGAGGAGCCGUCAUCCGGAUCACCGUCACCUUCUCUUUGCUUUGACUUGCGGCUGCUGUUGAAGCCUGGAGACAAUUUUUUUUUUUAAAGAUCUUUCACAUGGAUGGUGGCUGUCACCUUAACAAUGGAGCAUUCCAACAGACCUCACACAUACACACCUGGGGGGUCAGUAUUCCUGCUGGCUCGCUGUUGCCGCUUCUCACUCCCUGCUGAGCCUGUGCCAAAGCCUGCUGAGACAUCAGCAUCAGCUGACCACUGUCACUGCGGAUCAGCAUCAUACCUGUCAAUGAAUCAACACAUACUUUCACUUUAUUAAUAAUCUAGUCGAUAUGGACAAAAAUAAUGGAAAGAAAUGGUGAGGUCACUGAUGUUCUUCCACACCAAGCUCCUCCAAGCAGGCCUUUAUAGACUACCACAUGUUUAAGGCUCACCUGGCGGGAUCUGGAUGUUGGCGGGGAGUGGAGUCUGAGCCGGUCGAGACGCCACAGCCAUCGGUGGCCCUGCUGACCUUGGCACAGUUAUGACCACCGUCCUUCCCUGAGUGGAGCUGGCUUGGCUCAGAGCUGCUUUGGUUAAAUGGUUGGCACUGAUCCCACCUGGCUUGGACACCUUGGUCACCACCAUGACGGUGGGGGAGGACGUCUGAGGGGACUGAACUGAGGAGGCGUUAACUUGGUGGACAGGACCAGUGGCGACCACGUCCACCUUGGAAACACCUGAAGAAGGUAUGGGGCCACACUUGGCUGGGAUUGGUAAUGUCUUCACUUGAAUGUCAUCUCUUAUUGUCCCAGUUGUCUCUUUAUUUGUGGACAUCAUUACUUCUGAGUGGAAAGUGACACAACUGAAUUAUCAACUUUGCUGGCUGUAUCUAACAUAAACUCAUAUUUGAGUAUGAUUGACAAAAUAAAUGUAAAAACUCACCUUCGUGUCGGUAUUAUGUUGAUUUUGUUUGAUUAGAACCCAAGAUGAACAAUAAACGAUGCUUCAGCUACUUCAAAAGGGAGCUAGCUCCAAAGAUACGCUAUAUAUAGGAUAUUGGCAGGUGUGACUUAGCUCUUUUAGUUAAAUCAACAGUUGGAUUAACAACAUGA